AUGAACAUACCCCACCUACUGCUAUAUAGUUUGAGAUUCAGCUUGGCAAAUGCUAUCGAGACCUGCACUUGCCCCAAAAAACAACCUGCAACUCUCUAGCAGAAAGGUGAAUCCUCCAGAAUGGGAAGGACCCGGAUGGUGACCUGCUGGAUGGCUAUGCUUUUGCUGGUGCUAUGUAGCGAUAUCACCCUUUGUAGGAGGGGCUCCUCAAGUAAGAAAGCAAGCCAGAAUAAAAGUCCUCCCCCCGUUAAUAAGCCCAGCCCGCCAACCAAAAAAGAACCAGUGAAGAUUCCAGGAACACUCUGUUACACCGGCCAAUUGCUCGACAUCAAACUAGAGCCCGAAGAGGACAAAUAUUACACCGACAACUUCAAAAAGUUCCCCGAUUGCAUUUAUUACCCUAGGUGCUUCCAGUCACUAGAGCCGAACGCAACUAAGGACACAUUGGUUAGUGAGUGCUUUAACGUUACGGUGAGUCUGACUGAAAACAAACUGGACUUACCUGAAGGAAAGAACGCCACCAGUGUGUACUCCAGGGUCAUGUGGCAAGUGAUAAGCCACUUGUGUGCAAUGGAAUUCUGCUGCCAAACAUGCAGCCUCGCUCUGUCGAUCCACGGUUCCUUUGGUUGGUUAGCAAUGCUUUGCCUCGGGAGUUUUAUUUCUCUUACCAUGCAAUGAACUUGCAGCAAAAGCCAUUGAUUUACUGGCAAAAAGGGA